AUGAUAUUAAUUUAUAUUCUCAUAAUUACUGUGGACACUCUAUCCUGCUCUGAAUAUGGUCAUCUGGUCCGUAUAAUGGGUGAUAAUUAUUAUUGCAAUGGAAUCCAAGUGUCUCGGGAUGAGUAUUACUUAAAUGUGAGCAGCAAUCAGUGUGAGCAAUCUACCUUUAUUUCAGAUGCUUGCUUAUGCCCUGAGGACUAUUAUGGGCUAUAUUGUGAGAAAAAGCGGAAAAUAAACUGUGAUUUAACCUUGAUAUUUCCUAUCAUGGAUUCUUGCAUUUUCAAUUCUAAAUAUAACCCAUCCAUACCUGGAUUUUCAAACUGCUUAAGGGUAUCAAACCAAACAAAUUUGUUAUGGACAGUAAAGCCACAAUGCAAAACUAUUACAAAUGGAACAUAUAUCGAUGAAUAUUAUUUGCAAGACUUCAAUGAUACAAAUAGCAUCACCAUCCUUGAUAAUACUGAAUUCAUAUAUGUUUAUAAUGAUGGAAGUUUUAUUACUUCGAAUAUAAUGAAAGGAUAUUUAAUAUUGAAUUUUAUAGAUUAUAAUCGACCAUCUAGCCAAUAUGGUUAUUUCAAAUAUUAUAUAAACGAAUAUAAUUUCGAAGGAAUCCAAGUAAAUUUUUCUGUAAAUAUAGAUACAAUUCCUACACAUUCUAAAGUAAACGGAAGGUGAUAUUAUGAAAUUUUUAUUGAUAAGCCAAUUCAAAGCAGCACCAUUAGAAGUGUAAUUGAUGAUGCCAGUUGAACCAAUCCACCUAUGAGCCAUCCUUUUUCCUUUCUUUUUAUAGCAUGAAUUUGUCUAGGAUUGUUUGGCGUUAUUUUGUUUUGCUAUCUAAUUUACAGUUAUUUUCAAAAAAGGAAGCUAAAAUUUGAAUAA